UGCGCGUCCAGCCGAGUUAGUCCUUUAGUGCCUUCAUCAUGAAACUCGCAGCACCACUGGCCGUUUUGCUCGGCUUUGCCGCAAUUGGUUACUCUCUGCCGGUAGAACCCAAACCGUGGGUCUUGAUCCCGGACGGAAAGGGUCACAUGCACAUGGUCAACAUCGAUCCAGUCCAAGUCCCAACCGAGGAGUAUGAGAUCGAACCACACUUCAACCCGGAGAUGGACGUCGUGUUCCGGCUACACACUCGCCGCAACCCAGUUCAUCCGCAGAUCAUCAACUGGUUCGAUCCGUCGUCGAUCUCGAACUCCAACUUCAACCCGGCACAUCCGACGCGUUUCUUGAUCCACGGAUGGGUUGAGGGCCAGGAUGCGGAGCUGCACUGGGUCAUUAAGGAUCACUACAUGCGCGUUGGAGACUUCAACGUGAUCAACGUAGAUUGGGGUGCGGGAGCGCAGACCAUCAACUACAUCGCUGCCCGGAACCGUGUCGGUGGAGUUGGAAUGAUCGUGUCCCGAGUGAUCGAUGUGAUCCGUGCCACCACAGGACAGUCGCGCGACCUGAUCAACGUUAUCGGAUUCAGCUUGGGUGGUCACGCUGCCGGUAACGCCGGAAAGGGUCAGGAGGGACAGCUGAACACUGUAAUCGCGCUGGAUCCCGCCGGACCUCUGUUCUCUCGAGGACAAGCCGAUAUCCUAACCGAGAACGACGCCCUCUACACGGAAGCUAUCUACACCAAUGCUGGACUGUUGGCGUUUGACGAACCCCUUUGCCACGCCAACUUCUACCCCAACGGAGGCCGUUCCCAGCCGGGAUGUCUCAUUGAUCUGGCCGGAGUUUGCUCCCACAUGCGAGUCAACGAGCUGUUUGCCGAGUCGGUAUCCACUGCGAAUCACUUCCUGUCGAUGCGGUGUGCCAACUAUGCGGAAAUUUUGUCGGGACGAUGCACCUCCAGUGGACCGUACGCCAAGAUGGGAGGAGAACCGUCGAACAGGGGACGUGGUGUCAACGGAGUGUUCCAUCUGAUGACGAACUCGGCUUCGCCGUUCGCGAGGGGUUAAGAUGGAGUUAUGAGAACAUUUUUCAAUGCAAUAAAAAUUGUGAUAUUUCUAGUUUGUAGAGUUCUCACCUGAAAGUGACGUAAA